GCCGCGGCCCCGCUCCGCUCCGCUCCGCCCGCCGCCGCAGGCGCGCACCUCAGGCGCGGCCGGCCCUGAGGACCCAGCGGCGGGGUGCGCGCCGUCCCGCGGGGACGGGGGACGAGCCCUUCCGCGGCCGCCUCGGCGCCGCCCCGGCAUCGCCCUCAGGUGCAGGAUCCCCGCCUGCUGCGGGGGCCGGCGGAGCGGGGCGGCAGCGCGGAGCCGCGAGGGCCGUGGUGGGGCGGCAGGCCGGGGCCGGGCGGGUGGGAGCCCGCGGCGAGGGCAGCCCUCGGCCGGACAAAGCAUGGUGGAUGCGGAGGCGGCGGCAGCAAGAACCCCGGCGGAGCCCCGCGGCAACCUGGCAAGGGCUGGGCUUUUCCCUUCCCCGGCUGGGAGGUGACAGGCGGCGGCAGGGUGGGGUCGCAGCACGCGGGCGCGGAGUCCCGGCAGCGCGGGCAGCCGGCACAUGUUGCAGCCAGAGCGGCGGGAGCACGGCGGAGAGAGGCGCAGUCUGCUGGGCAGGGAUGAAAGUCAGGCCAGCUCAGCCCACCAUAUGAGAAAUGAGUGUUGGACGCAGAAGAUUAAAGCUGCUGGGAAUUCUGAUGAUGGUAAACAUUUUUAUUUAUGUGAUUGUGGAAGUCUCCAAGAGCGGCAGCCAAGACAAGAAUGCAAAAGGCCGUGUUGUUAUACCACGUAGCAAAUUCUGGAGGAAGUACACUCCUCACAAAGCUUAUUGGAACAAACAGCAACAGAAGCUUGAGCUGCUGUACAACCCUAUUCUGUCCUUGCUUUCCAAUAUGACUGUGGAAGAGAACUUGGUUUCUAACCUGAGUGCCCUCAGUUCCUGUGACCCUGACCCCUUGGUGCACUCAGAGGUUAGUGACUUUGCAAACUUGCCAGACAGAUUCAAAGACUUCCUCCUCUAUUUGAGGUGUAGAAAUUACUCAUUGCUAAUGGAUCAGCCAAACAAGUGUGAACAGAAACCUUUCCUGCUGCUGGCUAUUAAGUCACUUAUACCCCAUUUUGAUAGAAGACAAGCAAUUAGGGAAUCCUGGGGCAAGGAAAUAGAAUCAGGGGAUGUGAUAGUCAGAAGGGUCUUCUUACUUGGGCAGACCCCACCAGAGGAUCAUUUUCCUGACCUUUCACACAUGAUUAAAUUUGAGAGUGACACCCACCGAGACAUUCUCCUCUGGAACUACAGAGACACUUUCUUCAAUCUGACUUUGAAAGAAGUGCUGUUUCUGAAGUGGGUCAGCAGUAGCUGCGCAAAUGUCCAGUUUAUUUUUAAGGGUGAUGAUGAUGUUUUUGUGAAUACCAAUCAGAUCCUGGAUUACUUGAAGAGCUUAUCAAAGGAAAAAGCCAAAGACUUAUUUAUAGGUGAUGUGAUCAAAGAUGCUGGACCUCACAGAGAGAAAAAAUUGAAGUACUACAUCCCAGAAAGCGUUUAUGAAGGUUCGUAUCCCCCGUACGCAGGAGGCGGGGGGUUCCUGUACUCUGGUGAUCUGGCACUAAGACUGAACAAUGCAUCUGACCAGGUACUCCUCUACCCUAUUGAUGAUGUUUAUACUGGAAUGUGCCUUCAGAAGCUUGGGCUUGCUCCGGAAAAACACAAAGGUUUCAAAACAUUUGAUAUCGAAGAGAAAUACAGAAAUAAUAUCUGUUCCUACACAAACUUAAUGUUAGUGCAUAGUAGAAAACCUCAAGAAAUGAUUAAGAUUUGGACACGCUUGCAAGACCCACACUUAAAUUGUUAAAGUAAUGUGCAUAAGUGUCUUAAGUCCAAAAAACUUUGCAAGUUUGGAUCACUGAAGGUAUGUUUAAUAGUUGAAUUUUUGCUGUAAACUUUUUCCUGUACUUCUGAAAUCAAGAGUAAUACUAAAAUUUGAAGGGAUGGCUUGAAGACUCGGUCCUGACUUUUCCACUGGUGGUCCUGGUGGUCAUUAUGUUUCAAUAUUGGUCUUAAUUUUAAAAGACUUUGUGGCUAUAACUAGCUGUCAGUGACUGGUUAGCUGUACUGGAAACAGGGAUUGCCUACCACAAUGCAUCUUUCAUCAAUUGUGAUGGUGGAAAAUAAUUUUCCCUUGAGUGGUGUUUGUGUGUGGAAACCACUGUAAAUUGAAAAUACACAAACUGGGGGAAUGUAGUUUUACUUCUAGGUAUGAUACAGUUACAAGACUUUAAAUUUUGGGGUUUUUUUUAUAAUUUUAUUUACAAUUUUCAGUUCUUUUGCACCCUGGAAGAGUAUUUUUUUCCCUUCACUUACAGUACUUUGUGCAAAGUGUAUGUGUGUCUGAAGGAUUUACCCUUUUAUUAGAUGAAGCUUUUUUUUUUUUUUUUUCACAAAAAAAGCAUAAUUCUGCUUGAAAUGCCCCCUAAGAGCUCAAUGUGUAAGGAAAAAGAUGAGGUUUUUUUCAGGGCUGGGCAGGUAGGGCUGCCCCUGCCUCAAGCCUACAUACUGAAGCUGACUUGUUGCUCAUGUUAUUUGUGUGGAAAGCUAUUCUGGUCAAUCCUUGUUUUCUGUUUGGGCACUAAAUGUGAUCAGGUAGCUUGAUUUGCUGGAAAUGACUGAAAUUGCACAUUGCUUCUUGAGAGCACGGUUUGGGUCUGCUGGAAGGCGCUGGCAAAUCCAGAAUUGUGCACAUCCCAAGAGUUUCAAAUUCCAAACCAACUUUGGAAGUUUGCAUGAAGCCUCAUGUAGAGUUACAUGUGUCCUCGAAACUCAGACCUUCUCUAUUUCCACAUCUUGCUUAUAAGAAUUACUCUAAAUAGUGGUCGCUUUUCUUUGUAUAUGUAGAAGUGCCUGUCUAUUUAUUGUUCAGACUGAAGACCAAAACAUUUUCUUAAAUAUAUUUUGUGUAACAUUUUAUUUGUAUAGUGUUGUCACUCGGAUAUUUAAAUAGAGCAUGAUAUUUUAAAUCUGAUAUGUGUAACGUGGUAAAUAAAGCUAAUUGUUAUUUUUGAAUUUGAAAAAUAAAAUGUGAUUUAAAUA